CAACAGCAAGAUUAAUUGGUGAAGACCUAGAAGCAUUACUUGUAAUUGUUUCUUCCGAAGGAACACCGAUAGACUUACAAGCAGGUAAACCCUCCCUUUCUCGCCCCAAGCGAACUCAUCUAUAUUUUAUACCCCCCGAACCCCACCUGUACCUGCGUUACAAUCAGUACUAUAAAAAUUCCCCCCAAAAUCUUUCCCCCAUCUCCAUUGAAACCCUCUCCCAAACAAAUUCCAUCUAAUCCAACCAAAACCACCCCCUAACAGAGCUCAGCAUUUAUCACCUUCAAAUAGAAUAUUUCUCCUGUUAGUAAAGAUGGACCCCUCAGACGACCUCAUCAUCAACGUCGACCUCGACAUCCAAGACCUCCUCCUCGCCGCCUCGCAACACGACCUCGCCAAACUGCGCCGGCUCAUCCGCACCAACCCUUCCCCUUCGCUCGCCAACCCGGUUAACGCCCGCGACCCGGAGACGGGGUUCACGCCGCUUCACGCUGCGGUCGCGGCCUGUGAGCCGGACGAUGAUGUGGAAGAACAGCAACAGCAACAACAACAACAAGAGCCUAGACCCGUUAAUGGGGCUGUCAAUGGAGCGGAGGAGGGAAGUGCGUCCACCAAGACGGAGGUAGAGAAGGAGGUGCUGGAGACGGUGCGAUUCUUGUUACUGGAAGGGGCGAUUUGGAAUGAUUUGGAUAAGAAUGGGGAGACGCCGGGGUGUAUUGCGCGGCGGUUGGGGUUGCGCGAGGUGUAUGAGUCGAUUGUGGAUGCGGGCGUGAGGGCGGAGUUGUUGUUGGGGCGGUUGGAUGGGUAUGAAGCUUUGGACGACGAUGAGGAGGAGGAGGAGGAGGAGGAGGAUGAGGAGAUGCAGGAAGGUGAGGGUGAGGUUGUCCAGGAACAGGAGGAGCAGGAACAGGAGCAGGAAGGUGUACCGGAGCUGGUGGAUGCUAGUGCCAAUGCCAUCGCUACAGAAGAAGAACCCACCACCACCACCAACCCCGACGUGACGCAGUCCCGCUACCUCGACUCCGGACUGACCUUCCAACACGACAGGCUUCUCGAUCAAGAUCAGAACGGCGUGAUGAUGGCCUGGGAAACGGAGAUCAUGAACAAGUCGGCCAAGGCUUUGCUGCCGACGCCGGGACUGCGGGUGCUGAACAUCGGCCACGGGAUGGGGAUCGUCGACGGGUUUUUCCAGGAGCAAAGCCCCGCGGCGCACCACAUCGUCGAGGCGCACCCGGAGGUCGUCGCGGAGAUGAAGCGCAAGGGGUGGCACGAGCGGCCCGGUGUCGUGAUUCACGAGGGCCGGUGGCAGGACGUCCUGCCCGCUCUGGUCGCCGAGGGCGAGAUGUUCGACGCCAUCUACUACGAUACCUUUGCCGAGUCGUACGGGGAUUUCCGCGAGUUCUUCACCGAGCAGGUCAUCGGCUUGCUAGAGCAGGAGGGCAAGUGGAGUUUCUUCAAUGGCAUGGGCGCCGAUCGCCAGAUCAGUUACGAUGUCUACCAGAAAGUGGUGGAGAUUGAUCUACUGGAGGCUGGGUUCGAUGCGGACUGGGAGGAGUUCGAUGUGCCCACCUUGGAGGGCGAGUGGAGUGGUGUGCGUCGGCCGUAUUGGGCCAUUGAGAAGUACCGUCUGCCUUUGUGCAGAUACAUGGAUUAGGUUGUAGGUCAUAUGCCUACCUCUCUGAUGUCUUAAUGAUCUUUAAAACUGCAAGGCUGGAUGUGGUCGAAACUAAGUGGCGUAAUUCAAGCUCAAAUAAAAGCUGUACAGGCAAAGGGUUCCAAAUAUAUACAAGAUGAGCAUGCUCCUGUAUCAUACACUUGUGUUGAGCUCGUGGAAGCGAAAUGCCGCUAAG